AUGACGGGACCAGUGGACGCCAUGGCCUCUCAACAGGCAGAGCCCAGCAAGAUGGAAGACAGCAAUAAGGACCAUUUCGACGGGUUCCCCGAGGAAAGAAACUAUCGCGCACAGAGCAGAGAAAAGCGAUGUGAAGAGACACAGCAGUCAUGUCAACAUCCAGGUCCAGACGACAGCCACUAUGCACUCGCUAUAGUCGGAAUCGGUUGCCGAAUGCCUGGCGGCACAGACACUCCCUCGAAGUUCUGGGACGUCAUCAGAGAAGGAAGAAACGUCAUCACCGAGGUUCCACCAGAAAGAUGGUCCCUUGAAGCCUACCACAGUACAGACCCACACCAGUCAGGUACCCACGUCACACGCAAGGCUGGGUUUGUGGACGACAUCGACAUGUUCGACCAUACCUUCUUCAAGAUCUCACCUCGUGAGGCCGCCAUGAUGGACCCCCAGCAGCGCCACCUGCUGGAAGUGACGUACGAGGCGUUUGAAGAUGCAGGUAUCACGCCUGAGAGUGUGUCUGAGUCGUGUGGUGUGUUUGUAGGAAUAGGCAUGAUAGAUUAUGCUUUGUUCAUGGCAGGAGACAAACACCUGUUCAACUCAUAUGUAAACACAGGAAUAGCGCAUAGCGUGGCCGCAAACAGAAUCUCCUAUGCUUUCAACCUGAAGGGACCCAGUCUUGCUGUAGAUACCGCAUGCGCAGCAUCAAUGACAGCCCUCCACAUCGCGUGUUCCUCCUUGAGGAACAAAGAAUGCAGCGUCGCCCUCGUGGGGGGCAGCAAUGUGCUCCUCAUGCCGGAGGUAACCGUAGCUUUCAGCGCAAUGGGGGUUCUGUCACCUGACGGAUUCAGCUGUCCAUUUGACGCAUCUGCCAACGGCUACGUCCGCAGUGAAGGGUUUGGAGCCGUCCUGAUCAAGCCUCUCAGCGACGCCAUACGAGACAGAGAUCACGUGUACAGCAUCAUCAGGGGAAGUGCCAUAUCCGAUAACGGCUUCAGUCACAGCAUCACCAUGCCGUCCUCCAGUGCACAGGAGCAGCUCAUGAGGACAACCUACGCCCGCUUCGGAGUUCCCCUCUCAGAUGUCCUGUACGUCGAGGCUCACGGGACCAGUACGCCCGUCGGAGAUCCCGCAGAAGCUGAAGCCAUCGGAAAAGCCUUCGGUCAGCAUCGCGCCUCCCCCAUGAGGAUCGGGUCUGCCAAGAGCAAUUUUGGACACAUGGAGUGCGCUGCAGGAAUGGUGGGUGUCAUCAAGACAGCACUGAUGCUGGAUAAGCGAACCCUCUGUCCCUCCGUCAACUACACCUCACCGACUCCUAAAGUUGACUUUGAAGAGCUGGGCAUCUCUGUACAGACCAAAGUAGAGAACUUUCCUGACAACCAAAACGUGACGCUUGGCGUGAACUGUUUUGGAUUUGGUGGAGCCCUGGCCCAUGUCAUCAUGGAGGAGCACAACGCUACACCGCCAGUAGCUCCGACCCACCACGGGAGGGGAUGGCAGUUCGGACCAAGUGACCAAGAGGGUGACUUCAUCAUUCUGCCGCUGAGUGGAAAGUCUUCAGACGCCCUCAGAGACCUUUCUUCCAAGUGGCUGACGUUUCAAGAAGAGAAAGAUGCCCUCAGCGUUUCUUCAUGGGUAGCGACACGCAGAAACCACUAUCAAAAUAGACUUGCUGUCGUCACCAAUUCUGGGGCCAAAGCAAGAGAAGGCCUGCAAUGUUUUGUCAACAAGAUGGCUGCUGACGAUGUCAUCACCGGAAUAUCACAGAAUGCCCGUCCUAAAGUUUGCUUUGUCUUUCCUGGUCAAGGGCAGCAAUGGGAUGACAUGGGAAGGAAGUUGUAUCAGCUAGAGCCUGUGUUCAGGGAAACAGUCGAUGUCUGUGACCAGAUCUUCACACAAGUCAGUGGAUGGUCCCUUAUGCAGAAGACCGGAUUGUUCAACACAAGCGACGGUCCCGCCGAGUUCACACUUGCAGAAAUGAAAGUCUCCCAACCCGCAAUACUCUUCACCCAGGUGGGGUUGUUUGCUUUGCUGAAGCAUUGGGGCAUUUCCCCUGACGUGAUCGUCGGUCACAGUCUAGGAGAAGUUGCAGCAGCCUAUGCGUGCGGUGGUCUGACUUUGGACGAAGCUAUCCGGGCUAUCUACAUCAGAAGCACAGAACAAGCCAAACUGCAGGGAUGUGGGAGCAUGGCAGCCAUGCGUGCAUCAAGGAAAGAGGCUGAGGAGCUUGUUGCCAAGAGUCAGGGAGUGAAACUGGCGUGUGACAAUUCUCCCACAUCUGUCACAGUAGCAGGAACGACAGAAGCCAUUGCUGCACUUCAAGAUCAAAACCCAACAAAGAGAGUCCUUCCUCGAGGCGAUGUCUUCCGUACAGCCUGA